UCUAUGGAAUAGUACGAGAAGACUUAGAAAUCAUCAAAAUUAUAAAACCUUGGAAUGGGCAAUCUCAGAAUGGUUCUGCUUGAAAACUCUGGAUUUGCUGUUCUUAGAGGACGUUUUGUCCAUUUGGGUCCCUUCAUUGUGGCUGUGGUCUCUUUUCUCAGUGCCUCUGUCCUCACCAGUUCUCUAGGAGUGGAAAAGGAACUGAGACUAGCUGGUGGUAAAAACAAGUGCAGUGGGAGAGUGGAGCUGAAGAUCCAGCAGGAGUGGGGAACGGUGUGCAGCACUGACUGGAGCAUGAAUGAGGUUUCUGUGGUUUGCCAGCAGCUAGGAUGCCCAAGUGCCAUUAUGGCCCUCGGGUGGGCUAACUCCAGUGCAGGCUCUGGGCACAUCUGGAUGGAUCGCGUUUCCUGCAGAGGGAAUGAGUCAGCUCUUUGGAACUGCAAACACAAAGGGUGGGGAAAGCACAACUGUACUCACCAGGAAGAUGUUGGAGUGACCUGCUCGGACGGAUCCGAUGUGGAGAUGAGACUCAUGGAUGGGGGCAACCGGUGUGUAGGAAGAAUAGAAGUCAAAUUCAAAGGAGAGUGGGGAACAGUGUGCGAUGAUAACUUCAACAUAGCUCACGCUUCUGUGGUUUGUAAACAACUUGAAUGUGGAAGUGCUGUCAGUUUCUCUGGUUCAGCUAAAUUUGGACAAGGUUCUGGACCAAUCUGGUUUGAUGAUCUGGCUUGCAAUGGAAAUGAGUCAGCUCUCUGGGACUGCAAACACCGAGGAUGGGGAAAGCAUAACUGCGACCAUGCUGAGGAUGUUGGAGUGAUUUGCUUGGAGGGAGCAGAUCUGAGCCUGAGACUGGUGGAUGGAAUGUCUCAAUGUUCAGGAAGAUUGGAAGUGAGAUUCCAAGGAGAAUGGGGUACUGUGUGUGAUGACCACUGGGACGAUAACGAUGCUGCUGUGGUGUGUAAGCAGCUGGGAUGUCCAACUGCCGUCAAAACCAUUGGCCGAGCUAAUGCCAGUGAGGGAUCUGGACAAAUUUGGCUUGACCAUGUUUCCUGCCAAGGACAUGAACCAACUCUUUGGCAAUGUAAAUCCCAGGAGUGGGGAAGACAUUACUGUAAUCACAAUGAAGAUGCAGGCGUGACAUGUUCUGAUGGAUCAGAUCUGGAACUGAGACUUGUAGGUGGAAGCAGUCGCUGUGCUGGAACUGUGGAGGUCAAAUUUCAGAAACUGUUAGGGAAGGUGUGCAGCAAAGACUGGACCCUGGAAGAAGCUGACGUGGUUUGUAGGCAGCUGGGAUGUGGAUCUGCACUUCAAACAUAUUCUAAAACUUACUCUGAGAUUAAGAAAAUAAACAUGUGGCUAUUUAUUGGGAGCUGUAGUGGAAAUGAAACUUCUCUUUGGGACUGCAAGAAUUUGCAGUGGGGUGGCCUUUCCUGUACUGACUAUAAAGAAGCCCAAGUUACUUGCUCAGCCCACAGGGAACCCAGACUGGUCGGAGGGGACAUUCCAUGCUCUGGUCGUCUCGAAGUGAAACAUGGUGAUGUGUGGGGCUCCGUCUGUGAUUUUGAUUUGUCUCUGGAAGCUGCCAGUGUGGUAUGCAGGGAACUACAAUGUGGCACAGUCAUCUCUAUCCGAGGGGGUGCUUACUUUGGAGAAGGAAGUGGACAGAUAUGGGCUGAAGAAUUCCAGUGUGGAGGCCAUGAGUCCCAUCUUUCACUGUGCUCCGUGGCACCCCCUGUAGAUGAAACGUGUAGCCACCAAAGAGACGUUGGCAUAGUCUGCUCAAGAUACACUGAAAUCCGCUUGGCAAACGGCAAGUCCUCAUGUGAGGGAAGAGUAGAGCUCAAGGUGCUUGGAACCUGGGGAUCGCUGUGCAGCUCUCAUUGGGAUAUAGAAGAUGCUCAUGUUUUAUGUCAGCAACUGAAAUGUGGAGUUGCUCUUUCUACUCCAGGAAGAACACCUUUUGGAAAAGGAAAUGGUCAGGUCUGGAGGCACAUGUUCCACUGCACUGGAACUGAGCAGCAUUUGGGAGAUUGCCUCGUAACUGCUCUAGGGGCACCCCUAUGUCCUGAAUGGCAAGUGGCCUCUGUAAUAUGCUCAGGAAACCAGUCCCAAACAUUAUCCCCAUGCAAUACAUCGUCCUCAGACCCAACGAGCUCAACUAUUCCAGAAGAAAGUGCUGUUCCCUGCAUAGCAAGUGGUCAACUUCGUUUGGCAGAUGGAGGCGGCCGCUGUGCUGGGAGAGUAGAGGUCUAUCAUAAGGGCUCCUGGGGCACCAUCUGUGAUGACAGCUGGGACCUAGUGGAUGCCCAUGUGGUGUGCAAGCAGCUGGACUGCGGAGUGGCCAUUAACGCUACUGGUUCUGCUUAUUUUGGGGAAGGAUCAGGGGAUAUUUGGCUAGAUGAGAUAAACUGCAAUGGGAAAGAAACUCAUAUUUGGCAGUGCCGUUCACACGGUUGGGGGCACCAUAAUUGCAGACACAAGGAGGAUGCCGGAGUUAUCUGCUCAGAGUUCAUGUCUCUGAGACUGAGCAAUGAAACCAGGAAAGAGACCUGUUCAGGUCGACUGGAAGUGUUUUACAAUGGCGUGUGGGGCAGCGUUGGCAGCAAUGACAUGUCUCCAACUACUGUGGGGGUGGUAUGCCGUCAGCUGGGCUGUGCAGACAAUGGGACCGUGAAACCUACAUCUUCAGAUAAGAUGCCAUCCAGGCCCAUGUGGAUAGAUAAUGUGCAGUGUCCAAAAGGAGUUGACACAUUAUGGCAAUGUCCAUCUUCUCCAUGGAAGCAGAGACAAGCCAGCCCUUCCAAGGAGACCUGGAUCAUCUGCAAUAAUAAAAUAAGACUUCAGGAAGGACAUACAGAUUGUUCCGGACGUGUGGAAGUCUGGCACAGAGGUUCCUGGGGGACAGUGUGUGAUGACUCCUGGGACCUUAAUGAUGCUCAGGUCGUAUGUCAGCAGUUGGGCUGUGGCCAAGCUGUGAAGGCACUAAAAGAAGCAGCAUUUGGUCUAGGGACUGGGCCCAUAUGGCUCAAUGAAGUGAAGUGCAAAGGGAAUGAAUCCUCCCUGUGGGAUUGUCCUGCCAGACCGUGGAGUCACAGCGACUGUGGCCACAAGGAAGAUGCUGCUGUGCAGUGCCUCCCAGGAAAUAUUUCAGAAUCACAACAUGGCACAGGUCACUCAGCCCUCGUUGCACUUGUGAUCUUUGGGGUCAUUCUAUUGAUCCUUCUCAUCGCAUUCCUCUUGUGGACUCUGAAGCAAAGACAGAUACAGCGGUUUACAGUUUCCUCAAGAGGAGAGAUUUUGGUCCACCAAGUUCAGUACCAGGAGAUGAAUUCAAAUGCAAAUGAUCCGGACCUGCCGAAGUCCUCAGAAAAUUCCAAUGGUUCACAUGAUUUUAAUGCUGCUGACUAAUGUCUGUGUCUAAAUAUCUUCCUAUUCCUGGAAUAAAAAAAAAGGGGACCAUUCAGAGACACAUUGAAGAGGAAAAUGAUAAUUUAUAACCCAUUGAGAUUCUCCAUGGCUUUUAUCAUGAACGAAUGUUGGAUUUUGUCAAAGGCCUUUCCAUCUCUUGAUGAGAUGAUCAUUCUACAGAAUAACUUGAGAAUUAUUGGUUUUAGUUCUUCUCUGAAAGUCUGGUAG